AUGCCUUCCAAAGCUUCUAAGAGGCACUCCUGGUAUGGAUUUCUCUCUCUAAAAGGGCAUUCGUUUGAGUCCACGUCACAUGAUUCGCAAUCACGUCAUAGUUCUACAUCUCACCACUCUCAAACUGAGUCUAAAGAGAAGACUAGAGUUCUUCAUACAGAGACCAAUAGGGAUCUUGUCAUCAACUUACCCCCAGAUUCGGAUUCUCAUAGAACAACGCAUCUCAAUAUGAUUCUUGAUGAUGAUGGUGAUCAAAGCAGUUUAUAUAAGCCAUCAUCGUCACCGAUUGAGGCUCCAACUCCGGUCUCAGUUCCCGCUGAGGAUUCGCCCUUUGUCUCGGUCUCUCCUUCUCCUUCCGUUCAUGUACAAAGUCCUAUCUCUGGGCAAGAACCUUCUUCUUCUUACUAUCCCAGCGAAGUUACCUUACCAAAAGCACUGUCUGAGCAGGAGUCUAUCGAUGAUGAAGAACAGAAGUCAUUCAGAGAAAGGAAAAGAGAGGUUCUUAAGUCGAAAAGACGACCUCCUCCAAAGGAUUCUGGAGCAGCCAUAGUUGAUGCUCAACUAAAUAAGUCUGCAUCGUCUAUUCUUGCCAAAAUCAACGAUGAGAUCGAGAACUUACGUGGUAUCCAAAGGAAUGACUCCGAUAUUAUUGAUCAACAGAGUAGUCAAUUGGAAAAUCGAUUAAAUGAGAAGGAUCCUAUUAAAUCUACUCCAGAUUCGACGUCAGACAGUGUUCCUGACUUUUUGGGGAGUCCACAGGAUGAUCUUAUUGAUAACUCUCCUCUACAGAGUCCUUCGUUUCAAUACAGACGAGUUGCCGACCUGCGAGACGAGCUUCCUGAAGAAGUGACGCCUGUUUUAGUUUCCCAAAAACCACAACCGGCUUCUGUUGUUAGUUCUGUCACACCUCGGGACUUGUCCAAAAGUUUGCUCGUCCAAUCCCCACUGCUGACAGAUCUUCAUAGUUUCACCACUCCGAGUCCCCGAACUUCCCAGUUGGCAGCACUGGAUGGUUCCGUAAAGCCGGAUGCAAUGUCUCCUGUAUCAGGGUAUUCUACAGUUAGUGAGGACAAGUUCUAUGAUGUUACUGAGGGAAGAAAAGAUCCUGAUGUAGCUCCAGCUGGUGCUACGGCCAUUCCUGUCGCAACUGGCUCUAGCUCUACCUCUAGUUUUUCCACUACUGCUUCUUCGCAAAGGAAUUAUCCUUCUGAAACUCUCUCUCCAGUGAAUUCUUCACUCCAGGCUUCGCCAUCUCCUCCCCGCCAAUUUUCGUCGUCCUCAUCUCGUGAGCUUAUCCUUCCUACACCAAUAGACGAGCAAGGUGAAGGUUUCAGAACCCCUCCAUCUCAUGAACAUAAUGAAAGCUUGGUUUUCUCACCUCCAAGAUCCCUUAUCCUUUCCUCUCCGAUGACCGAUAGAUAUCCUGAAAACUUUGAAGUGGAUGGAUCUAGCAAUACAACCAGUGCAGAAGAUGAUGAUGAGGGUGAACUUUCCUUUGUGGCAAGAUCUCCUUAUCAAUCUGUCCGGGGUGUCAUCAACGAGCCUCAGUCCGUGCACAAAAUGGUGGUUGUAAAUCCAUCCGAGGGAAGCAACCAAAGUAGUCCUAGGAUGAACGACGGUAGUGGGACCGAAAUCAUGGCCUUACAAGAGUCUUCGUCGGUCACUUCAAGUACUACAUCCACAAGUGAGUCUGUUAAUACUCCUAAGGUGGAGAAGGAGAUGUUAGUUAUUCCUGGAGGCGCUGCACUAGCGUCUGAAGCUCAGCCCAUGGAAUCGCGUAGUUCUGCGUCCAACCAUAAUAGAGGUUCCUUUUCAUUUUCCACAACAUCUUCUUCUGCAGCUGCUGCCGCUGCUGCUGUGGCUGUCGGUGCCACUGUUAUUCCUACCACCUACGAUCGUCGGGAAGAGCCGGUUGUAGAACCAUUGGCACAUUCUUCAGUGGUUCCAGUUGCAGCGGUGGCACCUGGACAAACGGGGGAGUCGAUCAAAAGAAGGAGGCCUCCGCCUGACUUCCCCAGCGAGGGCAGGGGAAAAAGAUCGAUUUCUGUAUCUACCGCUAAUCCUGGAUUGUUCGAUAGUACGGCUACGAAAUCCCGAAUAUUGUCAGCCAAUGAGGAUGGAAGAAAGGUUGAAGAUGGUUUCGUGAGGUUUUCAGGACUAGAGACUGAACCGAAGGACAAAGGUCGCAAAUCUCUAUACAUUGAAAGAUUAAGAGCUGGAGGGAUGGCUAGUUUUACAGCCCAAGAGCCGUCGUAUAGGGUACUCCCUAUUGCAGUAAGACCCACGAAUCCCGGUCACAGAAGGACGCCUUCUCAUCAGGCCACAAUUGUGUCUCUACAAAGUUCCUUGAAACAUGGUAACCUACGUCCGAAGACACGAAUGUUGGCCUCUGAAAUCGAUGAUAGCGAACUCCCAGACUCUAAAUUGAGUCACGAUUUAGCCAAGACGAAGGUUCCUACAGAUCCAGAUGCGGAAAUUAUCGAGGUUACUAACCAAUUGAAGAGGCUGACUGCAGAUCCCGCCCAAUUAAUUCGGUACUCUCAGGAUCAAAGUGGAUUGAACCGGUUUUCGAGUGUUAGAUCUGCCAAAGGGUUGUCCCUGGGCGGAAGGGAUUUGAAGUUGUUUAUUGCCAACCCCGACGAAAGUGACGAAGAAUGA